AUUAUUACAGAAAUAUCAAAAACCAGGCGAAAACGAACGAAACGACCACUGAAGCCGUCAAUCACUGAAGCGAGUCUGUUGUUAUGACGAUAACGUAAAUUUUAUGGCUCCUAAGUAAAAACACGAUAAGUCCCGAUUCGUUGUCUUCUGCUGGCAACAGAAGACGGCGGUCAGUAGACUAUCCUGUCGUUGGCUUCGUCACUCCCGUGCUGUUGUUGAUUGCGCAGAAAUGAAUGGAUCUGGGACUUCCCUAACUGAUAUCAAGAUUUUACUUGAUUUUUUAAAGCAGGAUGUUUCUGCGUCAGGUUCCGAACAAGCCCAAAUUACCAGCUUACAAGCUUUAUCAAGCAUGUGCUCGAAAGAAGUUUCUGAACUCAUCAUGCAAUGCGGUGGACUGAAUAUAAUGUGGAAACUGUGUGGUACAACGAAAUGCCCAGAAGUUUGUCAGUCAUGCUUGUAUACUUUAGCUUGCGUAUCAGAAAGUAACGUCCAUGUGAAACAUGCACUAUCCACAAAGGGAGUUUUCGGCAGCAUUAAAUCAAUAUUAGAGGAAUCAGAUAUCCCAGAUCGUACACGGUUGUUCGCUAUAUAUUUUUUGAUACCUCUCGUUACCGGAAACGAAUUCGGACAAAAUCUGAUAAAAAGUUCAGGAUGUUUGCAAACUUUGCUCAGUAUAUUUGUUUCGGGUGUGCAACUAAUUACUUGUGGGAAGUUGCUGAAACAGAAUUGCCAGCGUGAAGUGUGGAUGUUGUCAGCCAAAGUUUUACGGCUUUGUGUGGGGUCGCCUCAAAAUAAAACAAAUCAGAUGUCAUGUAUCGAAUACAUACCACAUAUAAUCACGAUAAUCCACGAAGCAAAGGGAGAUGAGGAGAUCGUACUCCAUGCAUGUCAAUUUUUUGCCGCAGUUGUGGAAAACAAUCAACGUUGCAAGAAAAAGUCUUUCUCAUGUCGCGCUCUUGAAGUUCUUGUCCUCGCUAUACAAUCGUGUUCGAAUGAAAAACUAGAUAAAGUUUCGGGAGAAAUAGUUAUAUGUUUGAAUAAUUUUCUGGAAGAUUCAAAGGAAUACUGCGAAAGAUUCGGAAAAUUGGGAGGAAUUGGAAUAUUACUUCGUAUAGUAGAUUCUGAUAAUAUACAUUUGACAUCUCGUCAUCGGAGUCUUCUAUUGAUGAUCUUAAAAAGUUGUGCGGAAAAUUCAGAAGCGGCCCAGCGGAAGCUGAUAGAGUACAACGCUGCGUCGACGAUAGUCCAUCUAAUGAACACUGUACAAGACGAUGAACAUUUCAACAAAAUCGCAGCAUCUGUUUUAAAUUAUUGCAUGCGAGAUUUGAAAGAUGUGCCCGAUCGAUAUGAAAAAGAAGUCAAUGAUAGUGACGAAGCAGACGACACCUCGUCGACGAAAAGUUCAACAGAUCAUGAAUGUGCGAAGAAAGAUACUAAUAAUAAAUAUGGAUUUCUGAAUCCUGGGAAAACACAAGUUGAUCGAGAAUGUUUCGACCUUGUUAACGGAGGUGGAAGUUGUAUAUCUGAAGUGAUAGAGAAACAACAAACUCAAAUUGAUCUUCUGAAUAAGCUAUUGUUGCAGGAAAGAGAUAAAAGAAUUGAAAACGAGAAAACUUUGUCGGCGAUCGUGAAUUCGAACGCAAUGUCUGUUUGUGGAAGCACAAUCUUGAGUCCCCCAGGGUCGUGUUUUAGGUCCUAUCAUUUACCUCUUCAAUCUAUGAGUGUUCGUCGAUGUCGGAGCAGAUCUUGGUCUAUUGCAAGCGCACCGAUCAAAAAACAGUCGAAACGUUUUCAAGACACAUUCGACAGAGAAAAAACGAGAUCUUUUUCAAGAGGAAGUAAAUUAUUAUACAACAAACAGCAUUCUAGAAACUAUGAUACGGCGUCAACGAGUCAAAAUCUUUUGACGUCGACUAUUUUGGCAUCGCCGGAUAAACCAAAUUCUGUAACUCCCCACUUCAUAUCUCCUGAUUUCAACGUUACAGAUAAAUUCCAGAAUUUACAAGAUAACAUUUCUGUUAAACAAACAGAAGAUCAAGGAAGUCAAAUAGACAUGGGAAUAAUACAACAUAUUCCUGAAUCUCCAGAUGGAAGCAUUAUUGACAUUGAAAGUUAUACACCAAAGAAGCCAAAAAAGAUCUUCAAAGAAAAAGGGGCGAUGACGAAAUACUAUGUUAAAGAGAACGAUAAAAUUAGUCAGCAUGUGUCAGGAUCAAAAACAUCGUCAAUUCAUCAGCGAUCUAACUCAGAAGGAUUGCAGAUGAUAAAAGAGAAACGUUUAAAUAAAAGCCCAGAAGCUGAUGACAAUUUAAUGUCAGUGUGUAGCGAGAUUCUGAAGGAGGAAAUUAAGAAAGCAAAGAGACGUGUUCGUUCACAAAGCUGUAGUUCAAUGAAGUCGAGCCCUCGGGUUUUAAGAAGUCGCAAAAUUGACAAGGAAGUACAGUGCAGUGAGGAAGACGUGUAUUCAUAUAAAGAUUCUCCGACUGAUUUUGAUUUCAAGAAGCCAAUGCUGCCUCCGCAAAAACUGAAUAGCAAAAGAAGUAGACCACGAAAGAGAUUCGACUAUCAAGAACGAAAAAAUUUAGAGGAAGGUGUUAAACGACUUGGUACCAACUUUAAAGAGAUCCUUUUCACAUAUGAGUUUCAUCCUUGUCGAACUGCUAUGGAUUUGAGAGACAAGUAUAGAAAUUUGAUGAAAAACAAUAUAUGAAUGAAAAAAAAAAUUCUGUUUUUUAUUGUGUGUUUUGAAUUGAAUUAUAUUUAGAAUGAAUUGUUUUUGUUUCAGAUUUUAUUCAUGUUCUAUCAUUGUUGAUUUUUCUUUUUCAAAUUAAUGAAGUUUUUUCUAUAUUUAUGUUGAAUGUCAUGUUCUUAUUUACAUUGAAAUAACUGUAGAUUGU